AUGGACAUUCCUGCCUCGUCGACAGCGACAGCGACGUCGGAUCCCAACCUGCGCCAUCCGAUACUCCACGGCAACUUCGGUGCUCUAGGCAGCCUAUUCCCGAUCCUUUUCAUCUUCAUUUCUUGUUCAGCAUGGUAUUGGCGCCAAUACAAACGCAGACUGCAAUCGUACGUUCCGUCGUUAUCUGAUAUCACAGACGGAGAGAGAAGUGCUGAGACUGGCGUGCGCAGGGGCUACUAUGACCACCUCCCUCGCAUCGACGGGAAAGUGAACGAGGAAGCCAUUCCGUUGGCCGAGCUAUCUGCAAGCAGCGCUUCGGAGCGACAGAGCUCGGAAGGGACUGCUGUGAGCCAGCAGAGUGGUGAUGCGAGGAAGAGUUCGGAGCUGCCAUCUGGAAGCAACGCUUCGGGGAGACAGAGCUCAGAAGAGACUGCUGUGAGCCAGCAGAGUGGUGAUGCGAGGAAGAGCUCGGAGGUGGUGGAUGGCAGUAGUUCUUCUUCGGCAACGGAUCGGAGAGGGAGCACUUCAGAGAGGUCGUCCGGACUGGAGGAAGAGCAAGACGGGGACAGCCUCGAAGGCUGA